GAAAUUUAACCGAGGAGUGAUUCUUGGAAAGGAACGAGUCGUAAUCACGCACGUCGAACGUAAACAACAUACCUUACGGUCUUCCUUUACGAAUACUACGCGUUCAUUAUCGCGUUGCCGGCCGCGCGAACUGGUAGCCCAUUCGUUGUUGGCUCGUCGACCAGUCGAUCUAAAAGUCUUCCGUUUACCGCCGUUUUUACCUCAAGUGUUUUAAAAUUAACAUGUUUCGUUCGUUACCAUUGGGAGCCAUAGCGAUAGCGUGCUCGUUCGUUUGGAGAAGCGAAAGUAUCCUUCUUUAUCCCAACAACUCGUUGUUCCAGUUCACGAUCGGCGUCUCGGUUCCGGUAUCCAUGAACAAAAGGGGCAGCGUGGUGUUCUCGUCCGCGUUCCAAUUCAAUUACAAACUUCCGUCCAACUUGUCGCAGCUCGAGCCUACGAUAAUGUUGGCCAGGCAGGCGAGGGAUCUGAAUCUGCAGGACGCUUACGAGGCGAUCGAGAAUUUGUUGGAUCGGCACGGUUGGGAGGACGGGAGAGAGUGUCUUCUGAAGACGAUUUGCGAACUCGCGGAAACACCGUUUGGCAGGACACGUCGUGACGUCCUCGAGGAGGUGAUCCACUUAAUUUUAACGCCGAGCGAGGACUUGCCAGAUUCGGUCAACUCGACUCGCCGGAUCGUCGACCACUCGUACCGAGAUGCGGAACUGUUGGGAAGAUCCGGAGGCGACUGCGUCCUCGCCUAUCCCGAUUGCACCGAGUCACUGCUCGAAACGUUCACGGAGAUCGCGUUCCCCUAGAGGAAUGCGUUUCGACGGCAUUGAUUUCGUCGAACUUUGGAGCGGCCCCCCCAUCCCACCCCCGUCGAUCGAUUCGAACUGUGGACAACCGCGUCGACAAGUUGGUCGAUGAUCCG